GCCAGACGGACUAUCCCCACUCCUACCCCCACCGCCGCUGCAGCGUACUAACGUGUUAACGUUUUCUCGGCUGGCAUCACUGUCUGGAACGUAGCGGUUAUUGGCGGUUGUUCGCCGAGCGUCUGUGAAGAUACAGAGAGACAGGUGAAGCGUGCAGCUUUCUCCGUCGGAUUUCUGAUAGCAAGAUUGCGGGUGCGCGUCAGGGACUGAUCUCCGCGGCUCCGCGUGGUGAACACUGAUCCUUUGAGGUUAAGCGAGGCCGCACGAUGAAGAGAUCGCACUCGCGAAGGAACGAGGAGGAGAGCGAGGAGCGCUCUCGCAAGCGCAGGGACCACAAACGCGACGACGACUCCCGCAGGGAGUCGAGACGCAACGGCGACCACCGGGCUUCCCGGCACCGCGACGAUCGCCGGGACCGCUCGAGGCGGAACGACGACGACGAGCACAGGGAUCGCUCCAGGCGGGACGACGACGAGCACAGGGACCGCUCCAGGCGGGACGACGACGAGCACAGGGAGCGCUCGAGGCGGGACGACGGCCACCGCGGUUCCAGGCGCGACGACCGCGGAGAUCGCAGCGAUCGCGGCGAUCUCGGUGACAGCGACGGCGGCGAGAGGCGGGAGGAGAUCGGUAGCAGGUACUAUGGGGAGCCGGACAAGGCGCGGGAAAACCCGGCGGACGCCAAGCAGAAGCGGACAGUGGAUCUGCUCACCUCGAGGACCGGCGGCGCGUACAUCCCGCCUGCCAAGCUGCGUAUGCUCCAAGCGGAGAUCACCGACAAGUCGGGCGCCGCUUACCAGCGUAUCGCGUGGGAGGCGCUGAAGAAGUCGAUUCACGGAUACAUCAACAAGGUCAACACCAGCAACAUCGGGAUCAUAACGCGGGAGCUGCUACAUGAGAACAUCGUUCGCGGCAGAGGCCUACUGGCGCGGUCCAUCAUCCAGGCGCAGGCCGCGUCCCCUACGUUCACCCCGGUCUACGCCGCGCUAACGUCCAUAAUCAACUCCAGGUUUCCCAGCAUAGGCGAGUUGGUGCUGAAGCGGCUGGUCCUGCAGUUCAAGCGUGGCUUCAAGAGGAACGACAAGCCGCUGUGCAUAUCUUCGGGGACCUUCGUGGCGCAUCUGGUGAACCAGCGCGUGGCCUACGAGAUCAUCGCCCUGGAGAUCCUGACUCUGCUGCUGGAAACGCCGACGGACGACUCCGUCGAGGUGGCCAUAGCGUUCCUGAAGGAGUGCGGCAUGAAGCUGACAGAGGUGUCGCGCAGGGGCAUCGAGGCCAUCUUCGAGAUGCUGAGGAACAUACUGCACGAGGGACAGCUGGACAAGCGAGUCCAGUACAUGAUAGAGGUGAUGUUCCAGAUCAGGAAGGACGGAUUCAAGGAUCACGAGGCGGUGCCGGAGGAGCUGGACCUUGUGGAGGAGGAGAACCAGAUGACGCACUUGAUCAGACUGGAGGACGAGAUGAACGCGCAGGACAUAUUGAACGUGUUCAAGUUGGACCCGGACUACCUCGCCUCCGAGGACAAGUACAAGCAGCUGUUGAAAGAGAUUCUCGGCUCGGACGUGAGCGACUCGGAGGGUGACGACGAUGACGGGGAGGAGGAGGAGGAGGGGAGCUCGGACAACGACAGCGGCACGGAACAAGCCGAGGGCAAGGAAGGGGUGAUAGUCGACAACACGGAAACGAAUCUGACCGCGCUUCGACGGACCAUAUACCUGACGAUACACUCCUCGCUCGACUUCGAGGAGUGCGCUCACAAGUUGAUGAAGAUGCAGCUGAAGCCCGGGCAGGAGAUCGAGCUGUGCCACAUGUUUCUAGACUGUUGCGCGGAGAUGCGGACGUACGAGAAGUUCUUCGGCCUCCUGGCCGGCCGGUUUUGCUCGAUCAACAAGAUGUACGUGACGCCGUUCGAGCAGAUCUUCAAGGACUCCUACCACACGAUACACCGCCUCGACACCAACAAGCUACGAAACGUGUCCAAGUUCUUCGCCCACCUGCUGUUCACAGACUCGAUAUCGUGGAGCGUGCUCUCGUGCAUAAAGUUGAACGAGGAGGACACGACGAGCUCCAACAGAAUAUUCAUCAAGAUUCUGUUUCAGGAGCUCUCAGAGUACAUGGGCCUGGCGAAGCUGAACGAACGGGUGAAGGACGUGACGUUGCAGGAGGUGUUCGAGGGACUGUUUCCCCGAGACGAUCCGAAGAACACGCGUUUCGCUAUCAACUUCUUCACGUCUAUCGGCCUGGGUGGCUUGACGGACGACCUGAGAGAACACUUAAAGUCUCACCCGAAGCCGGUCGCCGUGGCGCCGAUAAUCACAAAGGAAGAGGAGCCCUCGAGCUCCGACGACGAAUCCACCAGCUCGUCGUCCAGCUCCAGCUCCAGCUCGUCCAGCUCAUCGACGAGCGACUCUUCUUCGUCGUCGUCGGAAGAGGAGGUGAUUCAAGUUUCGACGAGGAAGAGGAAGAAGAAGGUGCAGCACAAACGAAGAGAAAAGAAGUCCAAGUCGAAGGACAAGAAGGAAGAGAAGCCCAAGAAGGCGCAGAGCAGGAGGAAGAAAGGCAAGACGUCGAAAAAGGACAAGUGAGACGAGACACUAGGACCUUAGUGACGUGAAAAUAAUCCUUUCCCCUUUUUUUAUAAGUGUAUGAUAACUAUCUAUUCUGUACAAAUUACAUUCUACUUUUUAGCUUUACUUUCUAGAAUACGAAGCGAGCAAGGAGGAUAAUAAAUACAGUAUUCUACUUUG